AUGAAGAACGUUUGCCGUUUGUAUUUGGAUAAUGAUGACACCGGUUGGGGCUACUGUCCCUCCAUCCCGGCAGCUAUUCUCUUUGCAGUGCUGUUCGGAUUGACAUCGCUCGUCCAUAUGUUUCAAUGGCAUACCUUUCGAAAGAAAUUUUGCUGGGUGAUAGUAAUGGCUGCUCUAUGGGAGACAGCCGGCUUCACAUUCCGCAUAAUCUCCGCACACAAAAUCAUUGGCCUAUGGCACUUCAUUCCGCAGCAACUAUUCGUCGUUCUCGCACCUGUAUGGCUCAACGCAUUCGUCUUCAUGGUCAUGGGACGGAUGAUCUAUUUUUUCAUUCCGGAGAAGAAGAUCUACGGCGUCAGCGCCAAGCGGAUAACGGUUAUCUUUGUCGCGCUGGAUGUCUUCUCCAUGAUCGUGCAGGCUUCCUCGUCUAGCUUUAUGACAUCAGAUGAUCGCGAUCUAGUCAAGAUUGGCAUCAACGUCUGUAAGCAUUAUGAUGUGUUUUCUGUCUCCGAAAUACACCCAAUCCUCACACUGCUGGCCCCUCCCAGCGUACGAGUUCAUGCUAACGCAGUUUUGAAUACAGACAUGGGCGGCAUCGGCCUCCAAGAGCUCUUCAUAAUUCUCUUCUUCGUCAUGGCCGGCCGCUUCCAAUACCUAAUGACCCAACUCGAAAUCCAUCAACCACAACAUCUCCCCUGGCGCCGCCAUCUCUACUCUCUGUACGCCGCACUAGUCCUAAUCACCAUCCGCAUCAUAUUCCGCUUAGUCGAGUACUCAAGCGGCACAGAGAGCGGUCUUGCCAUCAGCGAAGCGGCCUUUUAUUGCCUCGAGGCCGUGCCUAUGUUUACCGGUCUGGUUUUGUUUAACGUUCUGCAUCCAGGACAUAUCCUUGUGGGGCCUGAAAGUGAGUUUCCCAAGAAGGCUAAGAAGAGUAAGAAGGACAGGGAGGCGGGGAUGGACGGGCAGAGGCAGUCCUGGAAGCGGCUGGGUCUACGUGGUAAGGAUAUCGAGUCGGGAGAUGAUUCGAGAAGCGGAGGGGUUGCGGAUGCAGGAUCGGGUUAA